GGUUUGGCGUGUGAAGUCACUGCGCCACGCUGCCUGCCCUAUAAUAAAUUUCAGAUAUUCAUAAAUAAUGAGGAAAAAAAGAUAAACACUUUUGGAUUCCCAUUCAAAAACUAAUAUGUGCAGAACAGCCUUGGGAUGUUUGAUUUGAAUUAAGUGAACGCUUUUGAGUUAUUCAUGGCAAAGACAAAGUGGAUCAAGGAGCAGAAAUGGAAAAUAAAUAAAUUGCAAGUUAUUUUUUAAUUGCAGUCAUGUUUGGUGUAUUUACUGAAAACGCAUCCCACCAUCUCCAUUUUUCUAUGUUAAGUGUACGUUUUCACUGAAGUACAACGCAUCGCAGUCAAUAAAGGAGGUUAACAAUGAAGGCUUCCAGCAUUAGGUUUUCUAAUAGUUUCAAUUUAAGUUUAAUUGUUUUUUGAUCCAAACAGAAUGCAAGAUUACUUUAUUUGUUUUAUAAUUCUUUAGCAUUUGCGAUUUUGAUUCGCUUAUCUUGAAACAGAACCUGGCACAAUCAAUAAAAAGUGUUUGCUGUUUUUGGUAUUAUAACUUUUUAUUUUAUUGUUCUUCCCAAACACAUUAAGGCUUUAUUGCGUUAUUUAUUUAGAAUAUCACCACUAAAAAGAUCGGGUCAUACCUGGCGUAUAAGAAAAAAAGAACAAUAUCAAUAUUUCUUCACUAAUACUCCUUAAUGCAAAAGUAAAACAUUCUCAUCUGCGUAAGAAUGUUUUUAUGUAAUAAAUUAAUGGUGAUUAUUUCAAAUAACUAUCAAUAUUCUAACUUUAUACGGUUCACACUAUACCACUACUUGUUAAAAUUAUUAUUGCUGUCGGGUUUUCUUGCAUUUCUCGCAUUACUUGCCUUUGUUACCAUAACAACGUCAGCGGCAUGAAAUGUGAUUUGGUCACAGACAGCGGACCGCUGGAGAUCAGGCUGCCGCUUCACAGACCGCCGGUAUGGGCGGCUGCCGUUACGGCUCAGUCUCGCGCUCUCGGUGCACUUCACACGCUACCCCGGCUCGGGACAGUGCUUAUAUUGCCUGCUUUGUGCUGAGUAGACUUACAGACGUCUCUAAACGUGUCCAAGGAGGGGAGUUCGCAGGUGGAUCGGAGAUCAAGAAUGGGAGUUCACCGUGAGAUGGAUCAGAGUUCCGUCCAGGUGAUGUCAGGAGGGAAAGAGACAAUUCCAGCGGUGUCUGAUGGCACACCUUUCUCUCUGACAAAGCGCUCUCCUGCUGCCAUGACAACCCUGACACUGGCCUUGCUGCUGCUCGCUGUGCUGCUUCAAUUGGCUGAGCCCGCCUUCCCCGAUGAGCCAGCGCCACUCAGCGUGGCCCCCGUGAAUGCUGUGUCAGAGUAUGCGGUGUUCACUGGACGGGCGUAUGCAUCCCAGUCGAGUCCGAGGAAUCUCCAGAUUGUGACUAUGCUGAAACUCAAACGCACCCUGCUCAUUGGAGGCAGGGAUAGCAUCUACAGCUUAGACUUGGAACAUCAGCCGCAAGAUGAAAUGUUCUACCGCAAGAAGAUCACCUGGGAGCCCACCGAAGAGAACAUCAAGAAGUGCUUGCAGAGGGGGAAGAGGAAGGAAGAGUGUCGGAACUUUGUGAAGGUCCUGCUGUCCUUUGACAAUGGAACUCUGUUCGCCUGCGGGACGAAUGCGUUCAGCUCAACUUGUAUAAAACUUGGGGCAGACUCUCUGGAGCGGAUCGGAGACCCAAUCAGUGGAACCGCAAGAUGCCCACAGGACGUCCAGUACAACAGCGUUGCCAUACUUGCAGAUGGAAGUCUCUACACUGCAACAGCGAUAGACGUCCGUGGGAUUGACCCCGUCAUCUACAGGAGUCUGAAGGAGGGCACCCCAAACCUGCGUACAAACAAGUAUGAAUCCAGAUGGCUGCAAGAUCCUCAUUUUGUCCACUCUCUGGAAUGGGGAGAACACGUCUACUUCUUCUUCCAUGAGAUUGCGCAGGAAUACCUCUAUUUGGAAAAGAUCUUAAUAUCCCGUGUUGCACGGGUUUGCAAGAAUGACAUGGGUGGCUCACCGAGGGUCUUGGAUGGCCAGUGGACCUCGUAUCUCAAAGCCACCUUGAACUGUUCGGUGCCUGGAGACUCGAAUUUCUACUUCAAUAUUCUGCAGAGCAUGACCAACAUCGUGACCAUCAAUGGCAGGGAAAUGGUGCUGGGAGUUUUUUCCACCCCGUCCAACAGCAUUCCUGGCUCCGCGGUGUGUGCUUUCGACUUGCAGACGCUGAGUGCAACUUUUGACGGGACCUUCAAGAUGCAGAAAUCCUCCGAUAACUAUUGGACCGUUGUCCCAGAUAACGAUGUCCCCAAGCCCAGACCCGGAACUUGUAUCAUCCCAAACACCACUUACAGCUCCAAGAAUCUUCCCGAUGAUGUGCUCAAAUUUGUCAGGGAGCACCCCUUGAUGAACGAUGGAGUCCCCUCGCUGGGGAACUAUCCUGCGGUCGUACGAACGGUACUCCGGUACCAGUUCCGCAAGAUCGCCGUGGACACGGAGGCCGGCCCUUAUGGCAACUACACGGUCCUCUUUCUGGGCUCCAGCUCUGGCAUCAUCUUCAAGUUCCUCUUCAGCCCAAAUCUGACCCCGAAUAUGCCCAGCUCCACCAUUUUUCUGGAAGAGUUUGACAGCUUUAACCCUGAGAAGUGUGGGGAGAACAGCUCGCAAUUCAGGCGCUUGGAGCACCUGGUCCUGGAUAAGCCCAGCAACUCCCUGCUGGUCACCUUCCCAUUUUGUCUCAUUAGGGUCCCUGUGGCUCGGUGCCAUCUUCACACACUCUGCAUGAAAAACUGUAUUUCCACCCGGGACCCUUACUGUGGCUGGACGAAAACCAACACGUGUACCUUUCUGGAGCUAGGGGCCAGGUACCCCUUUGUUCAGGAUGUGGAUUAUGGAGACACGUCUCAUUUGGGAUCCUGUGAAAGGCUCCAGCAGGAGAACUUUGUGAAGGACCCAGAUGGCAUGGUCUCUGUCAACAUAGUGGUGGCAUCGGCGGUGGCCGCGUUUGUCGCUGGCGCCUUGCUGUCUGGCCUCUCCGUCUGUUGGUUUAUGAGGCGCCAGCACCAACUUCGGAAUGCUGUCAACUCGGGAAAUUCAAGAUUUCGAGGAGAAACAACACAAAGCAUGAUUACGCACUCGACGGGGUCGGUAAUGAGCGUCACCCGACCCAAUGGAGGCUACGGUGGAAAUGACCAGGCACCUCCCAGGAGCCAGUCGGAAACUUUGCUUUCACCCCUGAUAAUGCAGAAUGAAUGGCAAAAGGCCAUGAUGGGGUUGACUUCAUCGGACGUUGACACCGAAGGCAUCUUGCCCACUCCAGAGCAGACCCCGCUUCAGCAGAAACGGCGACCGCCUGGGCUGCAGCUGAGCGGGCUGGAUGGCACCUGGGAGCAGACCGCUGUGUACUUCGGCUCGGGCCCAGUGGCCUGCCAAGGUUUAUCCACUUCUGUUAUGUACCUGAGCUCCAAGAACCUCCCUUCUGCUGUCAGCAUGGGAAGGGGGGUCCGGCAGUCCUGCGUGGACCGAGGCAGCACUUGUCAGCUGGCAGACCGUCCAUACCUUGCGCUGGCCAUGCCGGAGCAUCGGCCUAUGCCAUCUAACCACAGGAACUCUUCGGGGGACUACCCGUACCCCGUCACCCCAAAGGACAGCCCCAACAGAAGAAAGGUGGUCUCUGCACCCAAUACCAGUCUGGAUUUAGGAGAUCACAUAUGUGGUAACCCUGAAAGCCUUCGUUGUAACGGCAGCAGUUCUUCCUCCAUGCGGGCCAGCAGCCAGCACCUGCACCACUGCAAAAGUCACAGCCAGAGCAGCCAGCAGACGCAGCAGGGCAGCCUGGGCCUGCUGAGCUCGUCUCUCCACCAGACCUCGUUUCACGGCCUGGCAGACUUUGGCAGCGAAAGGACUCCUACAGGGCAGUGAGGAGCACGGGGAGGGCCAAGAUGGAGAGUGACCUGCACACAGUUUGGAAAUGAAUUGCCGCUCUUCUUUGCCGGUGAGGCUACGACGCCACUCCCCCCGGUGGGCUGAGCUUCUCACUUCCUUGCUGUGUUUCUCGAUUUACCCUUUUUAGCAAGUGAGCCGAAGUCCACACGUUCAGUCUACCUCCACCGCACCUCUUGAGGACAAGGCCGACCUGCCAGGCAAGGGGGCAUCACCUCCUGCUGCUGCUGCUGCUGCUGCCCCCCCCAGCCAUGUACUGGUCCAAGGUGGCACCAAGUGCCAGGAGGAGAAAACAUCUUUGUCCUUGGAGAGCUGAAACGGGGACUCGUCAAGCCGAACUGAAGCUCUGUAAAUUGGAAACACAGCAUUUUAUUUAAAAAAAAAAAAAUAAUAAUAAUACAACGAGUAACGUGAAUGUUCAGUGUACGCCGUCGGGACGGGAUAUCCAGUAGGCAAAAAUACAAAAGGAACGGGGACUUCUCCGAAUGUGACAACCUCCACAGGAGGGAAAACUGCAAAAAAAAAAAAAAGAAUGCCUGGGAGGUACCGAAAGUGGGAGGAAAUCGAGGAGCUGCGGCCCCCCUUCCGUGCCGCCCCGCAGAGAACAACAACUAGGGUUUAUUUGUUAUUCAAAUUUUUGAAGUUUAUAACUGUCGAAAAAAAAUGGAGAAGCCAGAACCCAGGUGGGUGGUGGUGAUGGUCUGGCACUGGAGGUCAGGGCAGGGAGCGACCCACUUGACCUCCUUCUCUGUCUCUGUGGCACUUAAGGACUUUUUUUGGGGAGGGGGGAGAAUUUAAACAUUCAGAUGCCAUUAUUGCUGUUAUUUAUUUUUUUGAACAAGAAGUGCAUUUCCAACACGGGGUGUUUACUUAUCUUUUAAUGCCUUGGAACGGCGAGGAUCACUGAUGCCCUGUGUGGAAUUAUUGGCUCAUAUGCAUUUCAUUUAAAGAAAGAAAGAAAGAAAGAAAGGUGUUUCUUCCAGGGGAAUUCACACAGACAGACAGCUUCUCUCAUCUCCACAAUACAAGGAUAAAUCACAACUAAAAAUAAUAGAUGAGAAAUGUACAUCCGUGGGCGAGCACAUCUCAUCUUUCACACGUUUUUGGAACUUUACGUUAUUAUUACAGAAGGCUUCUAACCACAGAGGCACAUGACAAGAGCAGCCAUUCAGCCCAAUGAGUGCGGCCAUCCCAUUCACUGAGAUUCUCCAUUAGAACAUUGUGGCAGUUCUGAUGAGAACAGACCAUUCAGAGCAACCAGCUUGUCCAUCCCGUUCACAGAGAGUCCAAAAUAACGUCAAGUCGAGAUGUGACGGUUAGAGCAGUUGUGACAAGAACAGGCCAUUCAGCUCAACACGCUAACCAAUCCUAAUCACUAAGAUUCUACAUCACACCAAUUGUGACAAGAACAGGCCAUUCAGCUCAACACGCUAACCAAUCCUAAUCACUAAGAUUCUACAUCACACCAAUUGUGACAAGAACAGGCCAUUCAGCUCAACACGCUCGCUAAUCCUAUUCACCAGGAUUCUCCAUCAAACCUAUGGUGACAAGAACAGACCAUUCAGCCCAAUAAGUGCUGCCAUCCCAUUCACUGAGAUUCUCCAUUAGACUAUCAAAACAAUUCUGAUGAAAACAAGAGAUGCAACAUCAACGAGCUCGUCCAUCCCAUUCACUGAGAUACAAUAGUCCAAAAUAACAUCAAGUCGAGAUCUGAAGGGCACUUAUGACGAGAACAAGCCAUUCAGCCCAACAAGCUCGUCCAUCCCAUUCACUGAGAUUCUCCAUUAGAACAUUGCGGCAGUUCUGAUGAGAACAGACCAUUCAGACCAACCAGCUUGUCCAUCCCGUUCACAGAGAGUCCAAAAAUAACAUCAAGUCGAGAUGUGACGGUUACAGCAGUUGUGACAAGAACAGGCCAUUCAACUUAACAUGCUCGCUAAUCCUGUUCACCAAGAUUCUCCAUCAAACCAACUGUGACGAGAACUGGCCAUUCAUCCCGACAGGCUCAUGCAUCCCAUUUACUGAGAUACAAUAGUCCAAAAUAACAUCAAGUCGAGAUCUGAAGGUUAGGGCACUUAUGACGAGAACAGGCCUUUCAGACUAACAAACUCAUCUGUCCUAUUCAUCGAGAUUCUCCUUUAGAACAUCAAAACACUUCUGAUUAAAACAGGCUGUGUAGAUCAAUGAACUCAUCCAUCCUAUUCACAAAGACAGUCCAAAAUCACAUCAAGUCAAGAUAUAAAGGUCAGAGCGCUUAUGACGAGAACUUGCCAUUCAGCUUAACCAGCUCACCCUCCCUGGGAUACUAAAACAGGUCAUGCAGAUCAACGAGCUUGCCCAUCCUAUUCACCAAGAUGCAGUGGUCCAAAGUAACAUCAAGUCAAGAUCUGAAGGUUAGAGCGCUUAUGAUGAGACCUGGCCAUUCAGCCCGACAAGACUGAGAUGGUCGAAAAUAACAUCAAAUUGCCCGACAAGCUCGUCUGUCCCAUUCACUGAGAUUCUCCAUUAGAACAUCAAAACUCUUCUGAUUAAAACAGACCUUUCAGGUCAACAAGCUCACCCAUCCUAUUCACUGAGAUGGUCCAAAAUCACAUCAAGUCGAGAUGUGAAGGUUUAGCUCAGUUGUCAGCCUGACAAGCUUGUCCAUCCUAUUUGUGGAGAUUUUCUCUCCAUUAGAACAUCAAAACAAUUACACACAGAGCAGGCCAUUCAGCUCAAAAAGCUCACCCAUCCUAUUCACAGAGAUGGUCCACAGUAACAUCAAGUCGAGAUGGGAAGGGUGGAGCAAUUGUGACACAAAGAGGCCAUUCAGGUCAACCGAGAAUGGCUCAUUUGGCCUAACUGGCUUGUCCAUCCUAUUCACCUCAAUUGUCCAAAAUAACAUCAAGUUGAGAUUUGGAAGGCCCUAAAACCCACCUCUCCACCACACUAUUGGUCCUUUAGUCCAUAUAUCUGUUCCUUUGAUUAUUUGCCUGAAGAAGGAGACAAUAUUCCAGCAGAAUGUGACUUGUUGAAUAUUCAUGGAGUACGUACAAAUAUGAUAGUUAAAAGUGUCAAUGGGAAGAAAGGAGAAGUCAGUACCAGAUAAGGGUUACGUGCUGCCAUAAAUAAAUCACCCAUUUGUUAUCAAACUGGCUUAAUCCAGUCCGGGGUCACAGAGACAAAUAAAUCAUAAUCAUAUUUUUAACAAUGAAUAGCAAACCAUAUGUGACCCUGAAGCAGAUAACAGGGCUAGAAAGUGAUGAAAGGAUGCAUUUUGCAGACACACAAUUCUCAGCCCUCUGAUCACAUUCAUACACCAUUCAAGUCGUAUUUUGCGCAUAAUUCUUAAUACAUACUAAUGAUCCUAUUUGUAUUCUGACUUAGUACAUUUACAUAUCUACUAUGCACACUAUGUGAUACCAGAUUCACAUUCAUAUUAUCUCAUGCUAAUUAUCAUAUAUGCAGAAUACAUUAUGUACCCUGAUCCUCCUCCUGUAAAGUGUCCUUAAAUCCUGCUAAUUAUUAGCACAAGUUAAUCCUGUAAAAUGUUACUACAAUACGUGAUCAUAAUCCUGAAAUGAACUAAAAUUUCAUGCACUUUAUCGUAGGGAGUCUCACCCUGUCCGGGUUAUAAUAACAUAAAAUAUAUUUAAUAUAAAACUGAUGACUGCGAGUAGAAACGACCCAACGUAUAGCGCACAUUGGAGCCACACAGUGGUCUCAGUCCGUUACUGCAGGUGCUCCUCAACUAGGGGGGGAGAGCCAUUGUGCAGGAAGUCGCCAACUCUCCUGGGUGACCAACCGUCUGUUCUGCCACUCCACUUUUUAAUCAGUUUAUUUAGUAAUAACAAUUAAAUUUAAGUCGUGCUUUUCUAGACAUUCAAGCGCUUUGCAUAGACAGAAGGGAGCCACUUCAGCCCCCACAAAUGGGCACCGUCCGACUGGGUGGUGUGAUGGCAGCCAUUCUUGCACCAGCACACUUCAGCUAACAGGUGUUGAAGGGCUGAGAAAGAUAAUUAGCCAAUUAGAGACACGAUGAUUUAAAGGGUCACAAUGGACAAGGUCAUGGAGGGCAAUUUAGCCAGGGGGGGGUCACCACACUGAUUUCAAAAGAUGCUCAGGAAUCUUUAAUGACCACAGAGAAUCAGGACCGCUGUUUGACGAAGAAUGGCUAUUUCAGGGGUAAAUAUAAAGCUAAGGGGGCUACUUUUUAGCACGUAACAGGUACGGUGUUGUGCAUGAACAUUACACCUUGUUAUCCUCCUGAUCCCACAUACAGUAGGUUUCAUUCAUUCACCUUAGUAAAAGGAAAACGUCUGUGUGUCGGUCAGGUUGCUAGGUCUCUGACAUUCCAGUAGACGACUUAUCACAAACAUUAACACUGCUUUUAUGAAUCCAAUUCCAAAAGGUGGGAGACAGAGAUACAUGCAUUGCAUUUGUCAUUCCAGCAGAUGACACAUCACAACAUGUUAACACUGCUUUUGCCAAAAAACAUUU